AUGGCUGAGAGAGCUCUUCUAGAACGUUUCCUGAGGUGCCCUUUGUGUUCAGUGACUUUCAGAGAUCCUGUGUCUCUGAGCUGCACCCACAACUUCUGUUCAAGCUGUCUGCAAACAUCGUGGGAAAAAACUGAAGACAAAAACUGUCCCAUUUGUAAAAGAAAAUCUUCCAAAGAUCCAGAAGUGGACUUUUCACUGAAGGAAGGAGCUGACUCCUUUGCUAGGAGACAGAAAGCUGGAUCAUCAGAGACAGAAAAAGAAGAAAAUGAGGUGGACUCUCCUGUAGAACAAACAAUCAGUGACGUGAAGGACCAGAAGGAAUCUGACUUAAAGUCUCUACAGCAUGAGAUGGACAAAUGCCAACAAAUGGUAGAUAUUAUUAAAGACCAGCGGUCAUCCACAGAGAAGCAGAUCAGAGCAGAGUUCAAAAAGCUCCACCAGUUCCUGAAAGAGGAAGAGGAGUCCAGACUGGCAGCUCUGAGGGAGGAAGGGGAGCAGAAGGGGAAGACUAUGAGCAGAGAGAUGAAGAGGAUUGAGGAGCAGAUCUCCUCUCUUUAUAAACCCACGCAGACCAGAGCCAGAGACCAGUGCUCACUGUCAGAUCCACAGCUGGUCUCAGGAGCGCUGAUAGAUGAGGCCAAACACCUGGGCAACCUGUCCUUCAGAGUCUGGGAGAAGAUGAAGGAGAAGGUCCACUUCAGUCCUGUCAUUCUGGACCCAAACACUGCACACCCCCGUCUCCAUCUGUCUGAUGAUCUGACCAGUGUGAGAAAAGGAGACACAAAGAAGCAGCUCCCUGAUAAUCCAGAGAGACAUAUUAAUUAUUGCAAUGUUCUGGGCUCUGAGGGCUUCAGCUCAGGGAAACACAGCUGGGAGGUGGAGGUGGGAGACCAUCCUGGUUGGUUUGUGGGUUUGGCUAAAGAGUCAGCAGACAGGAAGAGACAGUGUUCUGCCUCACCAGACUCAGGAAUCUGGUGUUUAGAAUAUCGCAGAGGAAAAUACACUGAUGGUUCUGGUAAGACAGUCAGCAAGAAGAAGAGUCUCCAGAAAAUCAGAGUCAAGUUGAACUAUGAAAGGGGGGAGGUGUCCUUCUACAACCCUGAAGACAAGACUCACAUCUACACUCACAGAGACACUUUCACUGAGAAACUCUUCCCUUAUUUCAGUAUUGAAGAUUCUCAUGAUGCUGAAAACAUUGAUAUCAAAAUCUGUCAAACUGAGACUUGA